AUUAUCUUUUUGCAUUCUGUAAAUUGAAUUUUGAUGUAUGUAUGUGUAAACUGAUAUGUUGAUUCUUUAGAUCCUGUUCUACUCUAAAGGAAGGAAAUACUGAUCCUGAUACACUUCAUUUGCAUCAAGAAAUUGAAUCGCUUCGACGUCAGCUCUUAGAGCGGGAAUAUCAUAUUGUAAAAAUGGAAACAAAUGUUUUGAAUCAUGUUGAACAGUAUCCAAAUGGUGAAUGGGAAUACUUACAGCAAGAAUUGCUUAUUUGGAAAGAUAAAUAUGAAAGGUUGUAUGAUAGUCAUAAGAAGCUACAAAAAGUUAAUCAGGGCUUGGAAGAUAAGCUAUUGAAAUUAGUUGAUAAAUUUGAAACAGAAAAGAAUGCUUUAACCCGAGAUGUUGCAGAUCUCACUACAAGGUUAGUUGAGGCCCGACUGUCUAUAAAUGACCUUGAAGAACAAAAUGAUCAGUAUAGAAAUGAUUGUAAUAUAGCUAUACAACUUUUGCAGUGCAAGCCUUCAAAUUUCAUUUCUCAAAAGCUAAGUUCUUUUCCUUCAGAUCUCCAAGAUAAAGUGAAACUUCACUUUAAUCAUCGCCCUCAGAGGGACCUGCAUAACAGUCGCAGCAGUCCUGAGCUGCGCACAAUUAGAGUUCCUAUCCCUACUUUUCCUCCUACUGCAAUGGUUUACUCUGUGAAUAAUGUUCCUCGUGCCUUAGAUAACGAAGCAGAUGACAGUCAAAACCUUCCAGACUAUGUAUCUGCUGCCAUAAUGGCUAAAGUUCUUGAAGAAAGAACUAAAGAACGUUUGGAUAGGCAAGAUCAUUGUAAGGUUUGUUGGUACAGAAGACAUUCAAUGGACCAUAAAGACAAAGCAACGCAAACAUACUGGCCUCCUACUAAUUUGGACACACAAAAUACCAACCACAUUGCACAAGUGCACUUGUUGCGAGAUCGAAGCGAAUCCUCAUCUAGCAUAGAUUCUUAUUGUUCGCGAAUUAGAAAUGGGUCGGCAACCAGUACAGAAACUGCAAUUUAAUAUGAAUGUAAAAAAUAAUUUAAUGUAUAGGUGCUGUAGUAUAUAAAUAGACCAUAUAAUAUGAAAUGUAUAAAAUUUAUAUCACAAGCUAACUGAUAUGGAAGACGCUGUCAAAAACGAAAGAGGAUAACAGAAUUACACUGGAUAUAUGUAUAUUUAUAGCUGCGUCUUCUAAUACCUAACUAAAUAGAAUUUCAGUUGCUUUUGAUGUUUAAAAUGUGCCAGUUUAUGUUGAUACUUAUCAUGAUAAUCAUUAUACUCAUACAAUAUACUUAUGUUUCUACUUUUAAAUUCUCUUAAUGAAUCAGCACAAUUGUGUUCUUAUUAAAUGUUGCUGUACAUAAAUAUGAAAUGAAGCUAGAAGAAAUAAGGAUUUAUAUUAAUGGCAGCUACAAAAUGAUUUUAAUUUUUACUGUGUUAAAAUGUAUGUCUAAUAUUAUAAAUGAAAUAGCUUAUUAUUAGCAGUGAUAGUCAUAUCUUACCAGAGAUAUAUUUAGAUAAAAUAAUUAAAGUAUGGAUGAUAUAAUGUUAGUUUGAUUCAUUGAUAUAGUGAUUUAUCCCUUAUGCCAGGGGUCUUAAAGUCACGGCCAAUUUUAUAUGACCCACCAGUAAUGAUGUAUCUGUUGCAAACAUUGUGCUUAUAAUUUUAGAAACAUAAAGCUAUGCACUGAACUUAGGUAUGCGACUGCUGUUAAAGGAAAUGCAAUAGAAUGAAUAAAGUGGGGCUUUGUCACUGUAUACAGAUGCACCAGGUCAUGUGACUAAAGUAAAGUGAGAGUUUCCCUUGUUGGUACAAUCAGUAAAUUUAGUUUGUCAGCCAGCAGUUGGUGGUGCUUCAGUAUUAUGAAAUUUCUGGUGUAGGUUAAAAGUAAAUUAUUUAGUAGUUAAUUCAAGAUAUUAGAAUUACUGAAAUAAAUAUCAGUCUAAAAUUUAAUGUUUUGUGGUUAUUUGAAUUUCUAAGCAUAACCAAAAGAAAUGUCUUGCAGCACCGUGUUGUUAUUUUUCAUCUGCGUUUGGAUGAAUAUUCAGUAAGUAAAAUUAAAAAUUUAGUUUGCUUCUUUUUUUUCCCUUUGUUGUUAAAAAAAAACUGUUCUAGCCUGUUCGCUUCAGAUUAUACAUUUAACCUGCAUACAGUUAGAGUUUGGGGCCUCUGCUCUAGGCUACUUUCUAAAAAUAUUGGGAUGGAGUUCUCACAUACUUUGCCUUAAUUAAGCAAUAUUAUGCACUUAAGUUGUCUGUGUGCAAUAGUUUAUUAUGUUAGAACUUACUAUUUAAAAUACAGGGUGUUCAAAAUUAUUGUAAUAUACACUAAUUAACUGUAUUUGUGCAGGAAUACAUAUCUAGAAAAUGCCAGCACAAAUGAGUUAGAAUUAGGAAGGAAGGGGGAGUAAUGAACAAUAAAGAAGACAUAAGAACAUGGUUGCUAGUUAUGUAGUAAUAUUAACAUACUGUUUUGAAUGAAUUACCUUUUUUGAUAUUUUCUGGUCAAUGUAUUUUGAUAAAUCUGUAUCUGUUUUGAUAAAUGACACAUUGUUUUAAAUGUGCUAAAGCUAUCCAUAAUUUAAUGAAAGCUGUAAAUGUGCUUUUACUGUGGAAUAGUAACUAUUAUUUAUAACCUGUAAUUGUAUACUAUAUGCUAGGUAUGUGGAGUUGGGUUGUUUGGUUAGUAAUGAUGUCUGUUAAAUUCACAGGCUUAUAAAAAUUUGUGAGGCAGUUAAGUGUCUGUAUCUAAGACAGCAUUUUUACAAGAUAAGCAAAACUCACCAUGAUUUUUCAAAAACAAGGCCCCCUUCCCCAAAUUUUCAAGAAGUUUAUAAGAAGGGCAACUCCUCAAGAAGAGGGCCUGUGACUGAUAGCUAUUGAAGUUGAUUGCUUGAUCAGAAUCCACACUAAACAUUUUGUUUUAAAUUGAAAGAAUAAUUUUUGUUAUGUAGUCAAAAAGAAAUCUAGGUCAAGUUUUAGGACAAUGAAAAUUUUAAAUAUUCAUACAAAUUUGUGUCACUGGAUGUGAGAAAUUUAUGGGAAGGUAUUCUUUUAAUAUGCAUUAGAUGUCUUUUGGAAUUUCAAGUGUAAUUUUUAUCUCAUUUUAGCACAUUAAGAAUAAGUAGUUUAAAAUAAUCUCUUUAAAUUUGUACAUCUUAAUUAAAGCUAUAAUUUAAAACUUUUAA